AUGGAAAACAAAGAACAGCCACUGGAUGCAGGAAAACCAGGAGCAGCUUGUACUAGGGAAGAUGAGGAAAACUUAGAAAACCAGGGAAGGACAGAUCCCAAGGGAAAAACAGAUGAGGAAGUAUUAACAGUUACGGAAAGGCCAGAGAGUGAGACCAAGCCAAAAGAAGGAGCCCCAGAGAGCCAAGAAAAGCCAGAGAGUGAGGAACAAGCACAAGAAAGAAAAGCAGAGAGCGAGGGGAAGCCAGGGAGCGAGGGGAAGCCAAAAGAAGACAAGCCAGCCAGUGAACCAAGGGAACCAAGGGCUGGCAGAAAGCGCCCAGCUGGGGAGGAUGUACCCAGGAAGGCCAAAAGAAAAACCAACAAGGGGCUGGCUCAGUGUCUCAAGGAAUACAAGGAGGCCAUACAUGAUAUGCAUUUGAGCAAUGAAGAGAUGAUAAGAGAAUUUGAUGAGAUGGCCAGGGUUGCAGAUGAAGCGAAGAAAACCAGACAGAAAUGGGGGGGGGGGGUUUAUGUGGAUGCAAAAAAGUUUACAGGACCCCUUCCACCCAAGGGGCCCAAGGGAACUCAGGGGUGGCUGCAGGGCCCCGCGAAAGGGCUUUGA